AAGUGAAAGCACAUACAGUUCAGAAAAAUCAACAUUUUGUGGUAGUAGGUCUGACCGACUCUCAGUCACACCUCGCCUUCUUUAUUUAUGAAGAACUUUCACACAACCAUGGUUGAAAGGAAGUGCAGCACAUGAGAAUCAUGGGAAGAGUCUUCAGCUGCUUCUCUGCUAGAGGGACGACAGUGAUGGACUGCAGUUAACAGCAGUGUCUGCGGCUCUUUGCUUUGGGACUUCUUUUGGACAUCAUGUCGGAUAAAACGGCGCCGCGCUGCCAGCUGAGGCUGGAGUGGAUCCACGGCUAUCGCGGACACCAGUGCCGCAACAACCUGUUCUACACGGCGGGGAAGGAGGUGGUGUACUUUGUGGCCGGGGGGGUGGUGUACAACACCCGGGAACACACCCAGAAGUUCUACCUUGGACACAACGAUGACAUCAUCAGUUUGGCGAUGCAUCCAGACCGGAUCCAGGUGGCCACGGGUCAGGUGGGGAAGGACCCCUACAUCUGUAUCUGGGAUACGUACGCCAUGCAGACCGUGUCGAUCCUGAGGGACGUCCACACACACGGCGUGGCCUGCCUCGCCUUCGACUCUGACGGGCAGCGACUUGCCUCAGUCGGUCUGGACGCCAAGAACACGUUGUGCGUUUGGGAUUGGAGAAGAGGACGAGUCCUCGCCACGGCAACGGGACACUCGGACAGAAUUUUUGAUGUGUGUUGGGAUCCGUUCCAGUCCUCCCGCCUGGUCAGCUGCGGAGUCAAACACAUCAAGUUCUGGAGUCUGUGCGGGAAUGCUUUAACCCCGAAGCGAGGGAUCUUUGGGAAGACGGGCGACCUGCAGACCAUCCUGUGUGUUUCUGCAGCCAAAGACGAGCUGACGUACUCCGGCGCUCUGAACGGAGACGUGUACGUCUGGAAAGGGGUCACCCUGUUCCGGACCGUUCAGGCAGCUCAUGGGGCGGGGAUCUUCAGCAUGCAUGCGUCCGAGGAAGGAUUUGCUACGGGAGGGCGAGAUGGCUGCAUCCGACUGUGGGACGUCGACUUCAAACCUAUCACGAGGAUUGAUCUGAGGGAGGCGGAGCAGGGCUACAAAGGUUUAUCAAUUCGAAGCGUCUGCUGGAAGGCCGACCGCAUCCUGGCCGGCACUCAGGACAGCGAGAUCUUUGAGGUGAUGGUCCGAGACCGGGACAAACCGGUCCUACUCAUGCAGGGGCACAGCGAGGGCGAGCUGUGGGCGCUGGACUUACACCCCAAACAGCCGGUGGCUGUCACUGGGAGUGACGACCGCUCCGUCAGGUUGUGGAGUCUACCGGAUCACACCCUCCUUGCUCGCUGUAACAUGGAGGAGUCGGUUCGAAGUGUUUCCUUUAACAACGACGGAUCUCAGCUGGCUCUGGGGAUGAAGGACGGUUCCUUCACCGUGCUGCGCGUCAGGGACAUGACCGAGGUCGUGCACAUCAAGGACCGAAAGGAGGUGAUCCACGAGCUCAAGUUUUCACCGGAUGGCUCCUUCUUGGCAGUGGGCUCAAACGACGGCCUGGUGGACGUCUACGCCGUCGCCCAACGCUACAAGAAGGUGGGCGAGUGCGGCCGGUCCUCCUCUUUCAUCACCCAUCUGGACUGGUCGGUCGACAGCCGCUUCCUGCAGACCAAUGAUGGCGCCGGAGAACGGCUUUUCUACAGGAUGCCAGCGGGGAAGCUGUUCCCUAAAGAAGAAGCGAAGGGCAUUCACUGGAUGACGUGGACAGGGGUUGUUGGUCAGGAGGUAAAUGGGAUCUGGCCCAAAUACUCCAACAUGACGAACGUGAACUCUGUGGACGCAAACUACAGCAGUGCGGUGCUGGUUACCGGCGAUGACCUCGGCCUUGUCAAACUCUUCAGGUUCCCCUGCAUGAAGAAAGGUGCCAAAUUCAAGAAGUACAUCGGUCACUCUGCCCAUGUGACCAACGUCCGCUGGUCCAACGACCUGCAGUGGGUGGUCAGCACCGGAGGAGCCGACCACGCCGUCUUCCAGUGGCGGUUCCUGCCCGAGGGCGUCAUGAACGGCGUGCUGGAGCCGCUCCUCCAAGAGGGCUACGCAGACUCAAACAGCGGCGAGUCGGACUCGGACUUAUCGGACGUCCCGGAGCUGGACUCGGACAUUGAGCAGGAGGCUCAGACCAGCUAUGAGCGGCAGGUGUACAAGGAAGACCUGCCGCAGCUCAGGAGGAAGCUGAUUGGCUCCUUGAAGAGGCAGAAAGCUCCAGAUGAGGGGCUUCGUCUGCAGUUUGUUCAUGGGUACCGAGGCUUCGACUGCCGCAACAACCUGUUCUACAGUCAGACGGGUGAGGUCGUCUACCACGUGGCCGCCGUGGCUGUGAUCUACAACCGGCUGCAGCACAGCCAGAGGUUUUACCUCGGCCACGACGACGACAUCCUCAGCCUCGCCGUCCAUCCGCUCAAAGACUACGUGGCCUCCGCUCAGGUGGGACGUGACCCGGCCGUCCACGUCUGGGACAUCCAGACCCUGAAGUGUCUGUCUCUGCUCAAAGGACACCACAGCCGAGGAGUGUGCGCUCUGGACUUCACGGCUGAUGGGAAGAGUCUAGUCUCUGUGGGAAUCGAUGAAUUUCACUCAAUCGUCAUCUGGGACUGGAAGAAAGGAGAGAGACUGGCCAAGGCCAAGGGCCACAAAGACAAAAUCUUUGUGGUGAAGAGUAAUCCGUUCAGGAUGGACAAACUGGUGACUGUGGGCAUGAAGCACAUCAAGUUCUGGCAGCAUUCAGGUGGCGGUCUGACGUUCAAACGGGGGAUCUUUGGGAACCUGGGGAAGCAGGAGACCAUGAUGUCGGCUUGUUACGGGCGCUCGGAGGACCUGGUGUUCUCUGGAGCGACCAAUGGAGACGUCUACAUCUGGAGGGACACCACGCUCAUCAAGACCGUCAAAGCCCACGACGGUCCCGUCUUCUCCAUGUGCUCCCUGGACAAGGGCUUUGUGACCGGUGGCAAGGACGGCAUCGUGGAGUUGUGGGACGACAUGUUUGAGAGGUGUCUGAAAACGUACGCCAUUAAAAGAGCUGGACUGUCCCCGUCGUCCAAAGGUCUCCUGCUGGAGGACAACCCGUCCAUCAGAGCGAUCACUCUGGGUCUUGGCCGCAUCCUGCUGGGAACUAAAAACGGAGAGAUUCUGGAGAUCGAUAAAAGUGGAGCCAUGACUCUGCUGGUUCAGGGGCACAUGGAGGGGGAGGUGUGGGGGCUGGCGGCUCAUCCUCUGCUUCCUAUCUGUGCCACCGUGAGCGACGACAAAACUCUGAGGAUCUGGGAGCUGUCGGCCAAUCACCGCAUGGUCGCCGUCCGAAAACUGAAGAAAGGUGGGCGGUGCUGCGCCUUCUCUCCGGACGGCAAGGCCCUGGCGGUGGGCCUGAACGACGGCAGCUUCCUGGUGGUGAACGCCGACACGCUGGAGGACAUGGUGACCUUCCACCAUCGCCGAGAGCUCAUCUCAGACAUCCGCUUCUCUCAGGACGCGGGGAAGUACCUGGCCGUGGCGUCUCACGACUCGUUCGUGGACAUCUACAAUGUUAUGACGAGUAAAAGAGUGGGCAUCUGUAAAGGAGCCGGCAGCUUCAUCACGCACAUCGACUGGGACUCCAGAGGUAAGCUGCUGCAGGUGAACACUGGAGCCAAAGAGCAGCUCUUCUUUGAGGCCCCUCGAGGACGCAAGCAAAACAUCACCGUCGCCGAGUUGGAGAAGCUGGAGUGGGCGAGCUGGACGUCUGUUCUGGGUCCCACCUGCGAGGGAAUAUGGCCGACGCUCAGCUUCGUCAACACUGCCUCACUCACCAAAGAUGGGAAGCUGCUCGCCUCCGGGGACGACUUCGGCUUCCUCAAGCUGUUCAGUUUCCCAUCGAGGGGCCAGUUUGCCAAGUUCAAGAAGUACGUGGGACACAGCACCAACGUGACCAACGUCCGCUGGUCCAAUGACGACUCCAUGCUGCUGUCAGUGGGCGGAGCCGACACGGCGCUCAUGAUCUGGACCCGAGAGCCGCCGGGUCACAAAGAGAACAAAGCCGUGGACAGCGAGGAGUCGGAUGACGACACCGAGGAGGACGGAGGGUACGACAGUGACGUCGCGCGAGAGAAAGCCGUGGACUACGUCACUAAGAUCUAUUCAUCCAGCAUCAGGAACAUGUCGGGAACCAAACCUCACCUGCAACACAAAGAGGUUCCUGUGGAUGAGAGGCCUCCGGUCAGCCGAGCCGCUCCGCUGCCCGACAAGCUGCUGAGAAAUAACCUGAGCAAAAAGAAGAAGGCUGUGGAGGAGCUCGUGUUGGAGCAUGUUUUCGGGUACCGGGGCUUUGACUGCCGCAACAACUUGCAUUACUUGAACGACGGCUCCGAUAUCAUCUUCCACACCGCCUCCGCCGUGGUCAUCCAGAACCUGUCCGCUGGGACUCAGAGCUUCUAUCUUGAGCACACCGACGACAUCUUGUGUCUGACCGUCAACCAGCACCCCAAGUAUCAGAACAUCAUCGCCAGCGGGCAGAUUGGUGAUGUCUCCGACCUGCCAGGCCUUGCUCCGUCCAUCCACGUGUGGGACGCCAUGAGCAAGCAGACACUGUCCAUCCUGCGCUGUUCCCACGCCAAAGGCGUCGGCUAUGUCAACUUCAGUGCUACGGGGAAGCUGCUGCUGUCGGUGGGGGUGGAGCCUGAACACACCAUCACGGUGUGGAGGUGGCAGGAAGGUACCAGAGUGACCAGUAAAGGCGGCCACGCCGAGCGGAUCUUAGUGGUGGAGUUCAGGCCGGACUCUGACACUCAGUUUGUGUCUGUGGGGGUCAAGCACAUCAAAUUCUGGACUCUGGUGGGAGGGUCACUCAUGUACAAGAAAGGCGUAAUCGGCGCCGUGGAGGACGGCCGCAUGCAGACCAUGCUGUCGGUGGCGUUUGGCGCGAACAACCUGACCUUCACCGGCGCCAUCAACGGAGACGUGUAUGUGUGGAGGGAGCACUUCCUGCAGCGAGUGGUGGCCAAGGCCCAUAGUGGACCUGUGUUCACCAUGUACACCACCCUGCGUGACGGACUCAUCGUCACUGGAGGGAAAGAACGACCGACCAAAGAAGGCGGUGCAGUGAAGCUGUGGGAUCAGGAGAUGAAGCGCUGCAGAGCCUUUCAGUUGGAGACGGGUCAGCAGGUGGAGAACGUCCGGUCUGUCUGCAGAGGAAAGGGGAAGAUCCUGGUGGGAACCAAAGAUGGGGAGAUCAUUGAGGUCGGGGAGAAGAACGCGGCCUCCAACACGAUGAUCAACGGUCACACUCAGGGAGGGAUCUGGGGUUUAGCCACACACCCCUUCAAAGACGUCUUCAUCUCGGCCAGCGACGACGGGACCAUCCGGAUCUGGGACCUGGCAGACAAGAAACUCCUGAACAAGGUGAGUCUGGGUCAUCCCGCCAAAUGCACCUGCUACAGUCCCAAUGGGGAGAUGGUUUCCAUCGGCAUGGAGAACGGAGAGUUCAUCGUUCUGCUGGUCAACUCGCUCACCGUGUGGGGCAAGAAGAGGGACCGCAGCGUGGCCAUCCAGGACAUCCGGUUCAGUCCAGACAACCGAUUUUUGGCGGUGGGUUCGGUGGACAGUGCGGUGGAUUUCUAUGACCUGACUCUUGGGCCGUCGCUCAAUCGGAUUGGUUACUGUAAGGACAUCCCGGGUGCCGUCAUCCAGAUGGACUUCUCCGCUGACAGCACACACAUCCAGGUGGCAAGCAGCAGCUACACCCGGCAGGUCCACGAAGUCCCUUCAGGAAAGAUCGUAACUGAGCCGCUUGUCACCGACAGGAUUACCUGGGCCACCUGGACCAGCAUUCUGGGAGACGAAGUUCUGGGGAUUUGGCCUCGUAACGCUGAGAAGGCCGACGUGAACUGCGCCUGCGUUUCUCACGCCGGCCUGAAUCUGGUGACCGGCGACGACUUCGGCCUCAUCAAGCUGUUCGAUUUCCCCACCACAGAGAAGUUUGCCAAACACAAGCGCUACUUCGGCCACUCCGCCCACGUCACCAACGUUCGAUUUUCCUGUGACGAUAAGUACGUGGUGAGCGCUGGAGGCAGCGACUGCAGUUUGUUUGUGUGGAAAUGUCAGUGAAGACUCCUGCUGCUCCUGCUGACAGACCCCCUCCUCCUCCUGGGAAUCAAACCUGUGACUCUUGUCCAUUGAAAAGCAUUAAAUGAGUGUCGUGUAUGUUGUGGUGCAGUGGAUCUGUGUGUUAGGAUUUUUAUUUAAUUUUUGUUUGUCUGUUCUUUUUUACACACACACUGGUGGUUAUCAAACCAUGGUGCUACAACCAGUGAGGGCUUUACUGUGUGUGUGGAUAAGUGGUGUGUGUAUGUGUGUGUAGGCCAGUGAAAUGUGUAUGUGUGUGUAGCUGUGUUGAAACUUGGACAAAAAGUAGAAAAUCUAUUGAAUAAAAUGCAUUUUACAUCGG